CAACAAUUAGAAUCUAGUAGAUUAAAGUUGGUUCAGUGGGAGCAGGAGCUUGAGCGAGCGAGACAACAGGGUUCGUUUAUAGGUGGUGGAGUAGAAGGUUGUCAGAUGGGGUUCUGUGGACCUGUAAAUCCAGGAAUUGCUGCAUUUGAGAUGGAGUAUGGACACUGGGUUGAAGAGCAAACUAGGCAAAUUUGUGAACUGAGGUCUGCUUUGCAGGCCCAUAUUAGUGAUUUGGAGCUUCGCAUGCUAGUGGAGGGUGGCUUGAGCCACCAUCUUGAACUUUUCCGCAUGAAAUCUACUGCUGCAAAAGCUGAUGUUUUCUAUAUAAUGUCUGGCAUGUGGAGGAGAGCAGCUGAACGUUUUUUCUUUUGGAUAGGAGGAUUUCGCCCUUCCGAGCUUCUUAAGGUUCUCGGUCCUCAUCUUGACACCUUGACUGAGUCACAAAAUAUGGAAGUUAAUAAUCUAAGACAGUCAUGUCAGCAAGCGGAAGAUGCUCUAACUCAAGGCAUGGAGAAAUUGCAGUCGACUCUUGCUGAAACUGUGGCUGCUGGUCGACUGGUAGAAGGAGGUUACAUCCCAAGGAUACCUACUGCAAUGGAGAAGUUGGAAGCUCUAGUUAGCUUUGUGAACCAGGCUGAUCAUCUUCGCCAAGAAACACUACAGCAGAUGUCUCGUAUCCUAACAACUCGCCAGGCAGCUCGAGGCUUGUUUGCACUAGGAGAGUAUUUCCAACGUCUUAGAGCUUUGAGUUCAAUUUGGGCAACCCGUCCUCGUGAGCCUGCGAAAUCUUAUACCUGA